AUGGCAAGACGUCAAGUAGCCACUCAGGAGCUUUCUGAGGUAUUAAACCAACUGUGGCGUCUGGAUGUCAAUCGCCUCAAGCCAGGCACUGAUUACAUCAUUGCUCCUCAGGGGCGAGCCGGCUAUGUUGCUCAGGGCAGCAACGUAGCAAGGGACCGAGCUCGGGAGCCGCUCUUCAAGUAUGUCAAUGAAGACAAGCUGAAGAGCAUGAAAACAUAUGCAUACUUCAUCAACUUGCUGGACAACUACGAGAUGUCCACGGGCGUGUCCGAAUCGGUGACGCGAGAGGAACUUCGGGAGAACCGCAGGUUCCUGGACGCUAUCCUGGAGACGGACGUCAUGAAGUGCGCUCAUCAGUAUCUGGUCGAGAAGAGACAGUCGCCACCUGAUGUUGAGGGCUUCAAGAAGCAACUCUACGACAUUUGGUUUCGUCUGUACCACCGUGACAGAAGUGGAGGGGAGGACUCGUGCGGAUUCGAACACGUGUUUGUUGGCGAGACCAAGCAGGGUCAAGAGAUUACGGGCCUUCACAACUGGGUACAGUUUUACCUGCAAGAGAAGCACGGCAACAUUGACUAUAAAGGCUACAAAGCCAGAGACAACAAAAACACUCCUGACGAAGACGAUCAUGUGCUCAACUUGCAGUUCAGCUGGAAAGGCCUGCUCAAGCCAGUAGGGGGCUCCUUUGUAGGGGUGAGCCCCGAAUUUGAGGUGGCGAUUUUCACCAUCGUCUUCCUGGCAUCCGGAGACAAGAGCACCGCGCUGGAAGUGAAGGUGGAUGAGUACGUGCUGGAGCUGGUGGUCCACAGACACGGACGCUCCAUUGGGUCGUCUUACCCCAAGCUCCUCAGCAGCAACCACCGUGACUUGUAA